CUUCAUCCGCCACCACGUAUCCAUCCCCUGGCCGUCAUUCCUCAGUUCACGACUGUCGCCUUUCCUGGACAUUAUGCCGCGCAGCAAACAAGUGUCCUCUACCGUGACCGCAGAGUCUCAGCAAGAUGCUGUCUCAGAAGGAAUCGAAAACUACGAGCUUCCAAGAAGUCUUGUGACGAAGCUUGCGCGUUCCGGAAUGUCGGAAAACAUGAAGAUGCAGAAAGAAGUCGUGUUGUCACUCCAGAAGUCAUCAACCGUGUUCAUCAAUUACCUAGCUGCGACAGCGCAUGAAGUAGCAAGCUCGAAACAGCACAAGAGCAUAUCAGCAUCGGACGUUCUGAAGGCACUUGAGCUCCUCGAGAUGGGUGAUAUGGUGCCGAUGCUCCAGAAAGAACUACAAGUGUACCGCGAGUGCCAAAAGUCAGACAAGGGUCGCAAGAGCACAAGCAGUGCUAAAGGUCGGGGCCGGGAGCAAGGCGAGUCCGCGUCCGCGUCUGCGUCGACAUCAAUAUCGCUGAAGGUCAAGUUGAAAGGCAAGGAGAAAGAGAAGGGCCCGACGAUUACCAUCAGCCGAUCUCAGAUUAGAGGCCCCUCCGUAGCGGCGGCGGCGCAGCCUGAGGCCGAGGUCGAGCCCGGGCUUGGAAGACAAGGUGAAGGCACAGAGCAGGUCGAUGAAGAUGAGGAGAUGGCGGAAGCUGACGAUGUCGAGGAAGAGGAUGACGACCUGGAACCGGGAGAGGAAGAUGAGCCGGAAGAUACGAUGGCUGUGGAGGAGACGCGGAAAGGGAAAGGCACAAAUCGUUCUGACGAUGACUGA